UGGAGUUCAUGCACAGUUCAUAAUCUAAAUAAUGUCCAAAUAAAAGUACUGAAGGUUAGAGCAUGAGUCGAGUGGGGCAGAUCAUUAUGCAUUUGAGUGUUUAUCGACACUGUGGUCGCCAACUGUUAGGGAAUCGUACGAUCAGCUAUGUAAAGAAAACAAAAUUACCUCACAAAAGUUAUCGUCCAAACUGCACAGACAGUGGAUCCGAAACGACCACUCACUGACAAGUGAUAGUGACACUGACACUUGAUGAAUAAUACAAAAAGGGCAUUGCUUUGAUCUGUUUGGUGUGUUAACAGCUACUUCUAGCACUUCUAGAAACUAUAAGGCUUAACAUAAUAACAGCUACAAAACUGUUUUGAAAGCGGGGAUCGGAGCGACCCUGUAUUAUUCACAUGACCUAAAGUCAACCUGAAAUAUGAUUUCAUCUUCAAGACUCCUGAGUAAACUUUGUUCCAUUGCCCCUAGCAGAGGGGGCAGGGCACCAGUAUCCUGUACAGGUAUUUGUUGGACCAGGAGACUGCUGGCAACCAGUGCAGUCUCUCACCAGGCCGUGCCAUCCUCAGUUGUCAAAGAUUUCCAGAACACCCUCGGAGAUGAGAAUGUGUCCGUAGCAGAAGCCGUCUGUGAGCAGCAUGGACACGAUGAGUCAUACCACAAGACAAUAUUACCCGAUGUGGUCGUCUAUCCAAGGACUACACAAGAGGUGUCUGAGGUUGCCAAGAUCUGCAGUCAACACAAACUACCAAUGGUGCCCUUUGGCACAGGUACCGGGCUGGAAGGGGGCAUUACAGGGAUGAAGGGGUCGGUGUGCAUUGACAUGAAUCAUCUGGAUCAGAUCGUGUCUUUACAUCCGGAAGAUUUUGAUGUUACCGUGGAGCCCGGGGUGACCCGGCAUGACCUGAACUACCAUCUCAGGGAUGCUGGUCUAUGUUUUCCCAUAGAUCCUGGGGCCAAUGCAUCUCUGUGUGGUAUGGCGGCUACAAGUGCAUCAGGAACCAAUGCAGUGCGCUACGGUACAAUGAAAGAGAAUGUCUUAAACCUUGAAGUUGUCCUGGCGGAUGGAACUAUCAUUGACACGGCAGGCAAGGGACAAAGAGCAAAGAAAUCUGCUGCGGGCUACAACCUGACGAGUCUGUUUGUAGGGUCAGAGGGAACUCUGGGUGUCAUCACCAAGGCAACACUGAGGCUUCAUGGGAUACCUGAAGCUAUGGUGGCUGCAGUUUGCUCGUUUGAUUCCGUACAGGAAGCUGUGGACACGGUCACCCAGGUGAUGCAAUGUGGCGUUCCAAUGGCUCGCAUCGAAUUUCUUGAUGAGGUGAUGAUGGAGGCAUGUAAUAAAUUCAGCCACCUCAACCACAAGGUUGCCCCGACGCUCUUCCUAGAGUUCCAUGGGUCCGAAGACAGUGUCAAGUCACAAGUCCAGUAUGUUGAGGAAAUAGUCAGUGCAAACAACGGGUCUGAAUUCCAGUGGGCAGAUAGGGCGGAGGAUAGAAAUAAACUGUGGAAGGCUCGGCACGACUGCCUGUACGCAACCAUGGCUGAGCGACCUGGUCGGAAGGCUUUGUCAACUGAUGUUUGUGUUCCAAUCUCCAUGCUGCCUCAAGUUGUUCUUGAAACAAAACAAGAUCUGCAGAAUAUAGGACUAUACGGGACUAUUGUCGGCCAUGUUGGAGAUGGGAACUUCCAUGUUUUAAUUCCGAUUCAACCUGAUGAUCAAGCAGAGGUUAAAACGGUGAAAGACUUUUGUGAUCGCUUGGGAAGACGCGCCAUUGACAUAGGUGGAACUUGCACAGGUGAGCACGGCAUCGGACUCGGCAAACGAGAACUCCUGGUGCGGGAAAUCGGCAAGGAUGGUAUUCAGACCAUGAGGCGGAUCAAGUCGGCGUUAGAUCCUGAUAACUUGAUGAACCCAACGAAGAUCUUUACAACCUGAACAUUUCACUUUUUCAAAAAUGAUUUGGGUUCCCCCCCCCCCGCCAAAAAAGAACCAUGUAUGUCAUUUUAUAAAACCCC